AUGGGGACCCCCUCCCCGCGGGUGGUGCUGGUGCUCGCCGCAGCGCUGGCGGGGCUCUUGGCUCCCCGAGCAGCGUACGGGCAGCCCAACUUCAUCGUCAUCCUGGCGGAUGAUGUGGGCUGGGGGGAUCUUGGGGCCAACUGGGCAGAGACGAAGGAGACCCCGCAUUUGGAUGAGUUGGCAGCCGAAGGGACGAGAUUCGUGGAUUUCCACUCGGCUGCGUCCACUUGCUCGCCGUCCCGCGCCUCUCUGCUCACGGGGCGUCUCGGCGCGCGCAACGGGGUGACCCACAACUUCGCCGUGACGUCGGUCGGUGGCCUCCCCCUGAAUGAGACCACCCUGGCUGAGGUCCUGCGGGAGGCUGGGUACAGCACGGGGGCUAUAGGCAAGUGGCACCUGGGACACCAUGGCUACCAUCACCCCAGCUUCCGCGGCUUCGACUAUUACUUCGGGAUCCCCUACAGCCACGACAUGGGCUGCACGGACACCCCUGGCUACAACCUGCCGCCCUGCCCUCCCUGCCCGCAGCACGGCGCGGCUGCCAGGAUUGCGAGGAAGGACUGUUACACGGAGGUGGCCCUUCCUCUCUUCGAGAACAUCACCAUUGUCCAACAGCCCGUCAACCUCAGCAGCCUGGCAGCGCGCUACGCAGAGGAGGCAGCGCGGUUUAUCCGGCGGGCGAGCGACAGCGGACGCCCCUUCUUCCUCUACCUGGCGCUGGCCCAUAUGCACGUCCCGCUGGGGGUCCCCUCACCGCCCCCCGCCUCAGGCAGGGGCAUCUACGGAGCUGCCCUGAGCGAGAUGGAUGCCCUGGUGGGAUGGAUAAAGCGGGUCGCCGACAGCCACGGAAAGGGCAACACGCUCCUGUGGUUCGCAGGUGACAACGGCCCCUGGGCGCAGAAGUGCGAGCUGGCGGGACGCCUGGGGCCGUUCGUGGGGGCCUGGCAGAGGCAGCGAGGUGGGAGCUCGGCAAAGCAAACGACCUGGGAAGGAGGGCACCGGGUGCCGGCGCUGGUGUACUGGCCCGGCCGCAUCCCUGCCAAGCAGACGAGCCACGCUCUGCUCAGCACCCUGGACAUCUUCCCUACGCUGGUGGCCCUGGCUGGGGCGGCGCUUCCUCCAAACAGGCGCUUCGACGGCUUGGACGUGUCCCCGGUUCUCUUUGGGUGGUCAGAUGUGGGGCACAAGGUCCUGCUCCACCCCAACAGUGGGGCAGCUGGGAAGGACGGCGAGAUAGAGACCCUACGGCUGGCUCAGUACAAGGCGUUUUACACCACAGGAGGGGCGAUGGCUUGCGAUGGGAGCAUUGGGCCAGCUGAGCAUCACCAGCCACCCCUCAUUUUCAAUCUGGAUCGUGAUAUCCAGGAGCAGGAGCCUUUGGACUUGGCAUCCAGAGAGUAUCAGGCAGUGCUACCUGCAAUCAGCAGGGCUUACGCCCAAGCUCUGGAGGACAUCGCAACGGACAACGUCUCGGUUGCAGAUUACUCCAAAGACCCGGCAGCAACCCCCUGCUGCAACGCACGGCACGUGGCCUGCCGAUGCCAAGCGCCCAGGUCUCACGCAGCCAUGCUGGACCGUCGCACGGAAAGAAGAGCAACGCGGCUUUGUCUUUAAGCAAAUAAUUGCUCAGGCUGCUCCUUUCCCAAGUCUGGUUUCU